AUGGAGGCCAUGGUGGAGGUCAUGCUGGGCCUGGGGAAACUCAUCCUGGAGUAUGUCCAGCACAAAUCGUCCGUCGGCUUGCAUGGUUACGAGUUGGAAGAAAACUAUGCGCGACAGGAAGCCACCAUCCCAGCAGCUGCUGUGACAUGUUACAUCCUGAAGAUGUUGAAGGACAAGUUUCCGGAGGAUAUGUCCGACCAGAACUCAGAGCUCUUGUCAAACGACGAGAAGUUUGCGGAGACUGUGUCGUCGUUCCUCUCGAGCUACGACUUGAAUCCCGAGGCAGAUGUUGCAAGCGCGUCGGAAUGGUACGGCCUCUGCCAAUCGUACGCAGCAGAUGCAGAGGCUGCCCCGGACAGGUAUUGGGUACUCAAUCCUGUAGACACUACAUGGACACAGUGCGUCAUCAUGAACAGUCAAAUCGGAAUCGACUCGGGCUGCUACAGAAGAUCAAGCGCCGUAACGAUGGCCAGCAGCUGCGCGUCGCAGAGCAUGCGCGGAUGCGCCAGGUGA